GGAUGAUUACAGUUGCGCAAAUACUUGGUCCCUCCUCUCCUCCGUCCUUGCCUUGCAGAGUGUGCGGUUCCAGCUGCUGCCGCCGCUGUCUGCCUGCCUGCCUUCUAGAGUCUGAACUGGCUUCUCUCUUCGCCGCCGCUCCCGCAUAUUCAAUGCAGUAGAGACCAUGACAGGCAUCGCCGCUGCCUCCUUCUUCUCCAAUAUUUGCAGGUUCGGGGGCUGCGGACUUCACUUUGAAUCCCUAUCCGAACUUAUCGUACACAUUGAGGAUAACCACAUUGACACAGACCCUCGUCUUCUGGAGAAGCAGGAGCAGCAGCAGCCCACCUAUGUUGCUCUCAGCUACAUCAACAAGUUCAUGACGGACGCGGCGCGUCGGGAACACGAGACCCUGAAGAAGAAGGUCCAGCCCAAGCUUUCCCUGUCCCUGACUGGCAGUCUGUCCCGGAACAACGUGUCCACGCCUCCACGCCACAGCAGCGGCAACCUCACGCCCCCCGUCACCCCGCCCAUCACCCCCUCCUCAUCCUUCCGCAGUAGCACGCCCACGGGCAGUGAGUAUGACGAGGAGGAGGUGGACUACGAGGACUCGGACAGUGACGAGUCGUGGACCACGGAGAGCGCCAUCAGCUCCGAGUCCAUCCUCAGCUCCAUGUGCAUGAACGGAGGGGAGGAGAAGCCCUUCGCCUGCCCCGUGCCCGGCUGCAAGAAGAGAUACAAGAAUGUGAACGGGAUCAAGUACCACGCCAAGAACGGCCACAGAACCCAGAUCCGCGUGCGUAAACCCUUCAAGUGCCGCUGCGGGAAGAGCUACAAGACUUCUCAGGGGCUCCGCCACCACACCAUCAACUUCCACCCGCCCGUGUCCGCCGAUAUCAUCCGCAAGAUGCAGCAGUAGGGCGCCCGACCAGCCCCCCCUGCUCCCCCCCGUCCCGUCCUACCAUCACCAGCAGUGGCUGAGUCCUUUUUAACACCCCCUUUUCCCCCACCACACCCCUCAUUACAUAGGCACACACACAUAUUCAAACAUACUUUUUUUUCUUCUUCAUUACACUACUCUUUUAUGGCAUGCUUUAAAUGUAUUACUUUUCUCCCGUUUUUAUUUGGGAAUGUAUCUCUGUAGUGUUCGGUUUUGUACUUUUGCACAUUUAAGCUAUCAUUCACCUUCUUGUACUUUCUGACACACGGUGCUUAUUGGUCCAACUUGUUGCAGAGAAAGCCAAGUCCCUGAUAUGGAGGGAGACAGAUACAAAACAAAUACAAAUUGAGAUUGUAUGAGAAGAUAAAACGACUUUAGAGUUAGCUGAGGAAGAAAAACGUUAUUUCUACACGGAAAUCAAAGAUCAUCACAUCAUCAUCAUUCAAACCACUUCUCUCAUUUCGGCCCACUAGUGAUACACUUUUCUGCUGCAGUGACAAUUCAAAGACAAUGUUUGUAACCUACUACCCAAUAUAUAGAAAAUAUAUGAUACUGUACAUUUGUGUACAGUAUAUACAUUCAGUGUAUACAUACCGUAUAGAAAAUGCACUUUCAUAUUGAGAUUUUGAAAAUGCUUCGACAAUUUAUUUUCCAAUUUGAACUGACGGAAGUGGAAGAUCCUCCUAUAUAGACAUCUUUUUUUCUCAGAACCUUUUUUUUGUGUUGGCACCAAAUGUUAAUCUCAGGUGACAAUUCGCCAACAUUUCAGUACCAUAAUCCUGCCCAACUAACAGGAUCAUGGAGUCAGCUGUUAUCGUUGUUCCCUGGAACUCCAAGACUGCUUCAAGAGUUCCAGAAGCCUUUCUUAGGGAGCUGAUUGGUCCUGUUCACCAGAAUCUGGUGAGGAGUUUAAAGCACUUUCUAGUAACCUGUUGCCAACCAAUUUGAAUGGUUUAUUGUUGGGUUGCCAAUGUCUUGGUCUGCGAUGAUAUUUAGUCUCCGAGAGUAGCUAAAGGAACUCUGAAGGUACUAGAUGUUCCCCUCAAUUUUAAGGGACGUUAUUUUUUUCACCAGACCUCCAGCAUUUCCUGUUUGUUGUGAGAUUAUGUAUAUGGUUGCCUUGAACUGUAGACCACAGCAUUCCAAUCCAGUAUAUUUCUACAGCCUCGUGGAGACGAUCCAAGGAGUUCAAGCCUAGCCUGUUCAAAACGUUCCUGUUAGACGUUCUUAUAAAGAUAGACUGGUCCAGACUGUCUGCGAUUCCUCCAGUGUAGACUACAGCCCAGUGCAGUCUCUAGAGACCUCUCCUAGAACAAGAGACCUCCAGUCGAGUUUGGCACGCGUCCUUUAUAUGAAAUCAUUGAAUACCUCCUGUUUGAGUGGAGCACAUUACCAACUCUUCUUAUGUGCCAUGCAAAGGGAAGUAAGAGGCGAAAAAUUCCAGCAGAAAACAAGACAAAAUAGAGGCUAUUAAUGACUCAUUCAAACAUCAUCACUGCAUGGAAGUUAAUGUUGCUAUGGAACCAUAGUUUAUAUUUAGAUGAUAACAGUGACAGUAUUAUACUGCCAGUGAGGAGGGAAGUAUUUGAAAUAUUGUGUAUAGUUAAUGUAUUGUCAUGUUAUCAGUGUAAGUUCAUUAAAUUAUAUUUUCGUAUGUUUCUGAAGUGACAAUGUACGUAUGUGUAUCCAGAGGUUGUGACGGACCUGACGGUGAUGUACUGUACUGUCUCCAACAACAACAAAAAAAGAAUGCUGCUUCAUAAAUGUAAACUUGAUUACAUUUGAAAAAUACAAAAUGCCUCUGA